GGGGGUUCGAAGAUGGCAAGUAAGGCGACCAGACAGCUUCCCAGACAACGCUCUCUUCUUCGGUCUGCAGCACGCAUAUGUCCCGGAUCACCACCAACCACCAGAUGUCGGAACCACCUCUUCCAGGGAUCAAGCCAGCCUCUACCACACCGUCGGGGUGCUAGGGCAAGCACCGCUCGGCACUCCUUGAUUCCCUCGUAUCAAGGGGCCGUGGGUUUAGCCUCAUCCUUUCGCAGGAGGACUGUCGCACCUUGUAAAUAUGCACCCUGGGGCCGCGCUGCCAUGUAGGAGCACCCAGCCAGAGGCCGGUCAUCGUAAGUAAUACCAGAAUGGACUUCCCCCAUCGGACUCUGGCCCCCCUGCCCUGUGUGUCUCUCCCUUGCCGACCAAUCGCACGCCGCCAGCGGCCGUACCGCUCGAUCUUGCUGCCGUUGCACAGUUCUCAAAAUAUAUUCGUCGUCACCGGUGUCACAAGGUUGAAACGCCAUCUCUGCAAGCCCCGAGCGUACGCCAGCAUAAUAUGCCCCAAGAGCCGCAGCACAGAGACCCCAGAGGGCGCUCGAGUCCACCUAGCCCUGGAACCAGCCACGAAAGAAGUUAUGUCGCAGCUGCUCCCCCCUCUGUCGAGACGAACUCUUGUCCUGUUUCCCGUCGUUCCAGAGUUGCUGAGAGGCACCCAACCGAACCCCCCUGCCUCUCUGUCGCCCGCUGUGAGUAGCCAUCAUGCAGAGGCUGUGUGGCAUGCGCCCCGAAGGGCUGACGGUCCAUUCGAGGUUCAGCCCUCUACCGUCAACGUGUUUCUUCGACUCAAUUCUCGUCCCCUUGCCGGCGUGGAUCCGUCUCGUCGUUACCUUCGCCUUGUUCCAUUUCGUUGUCCGGGUCCUCAUCGUUGACAAGAUCAAGCGGUACGCCGUCAAAGAGGAAUGGCAGAGGCACGCCCAGCUGUCGUUCUACUACUUCUCGAUCCUUGUUGUCUUUC